AUGCUUAGGUUUGCAUCCAUUUCGUGGUUGGAAGUCUUUUGGAAGACUCAUCAUCAGGGGCUUCCGAACAAACACUUGGGAUUAUACACUUUCCUUGAUCUAUCCAAUAAUCAACUGACGGGUGCAAUCCCAGAUAGUUUGGGUAACUUGAGGAGUCUCAAAGAGCUCAACUUCUCGCACAAUAGUCUCUCCGGUCAGAUCCCAGCUAGCUUUGGCAACAUGAAAGAAUUGGAGAGUUUGGAUUUGUCUCGCAACAAUCUGUCGGGAGAAAUUCCAGCAUCUUUGGGGACAUUGCUGCAAAUCACUAAUCUGCAAUUGAGCGAUAACAAUCUCUCCGGCCGGAUCCCUGCUGGCCCCCAAAUGGAUAGGAUGAACGAUCCUAGUUCUUACGCCAACAACGACGCCGGAUUGUGCGGAAUACAGACUGCCAAACCGUGCGAUGAUAAUGAUACGCCACCACCUGCAACACAGGAGGCAGCGCCUAGAGGAGGACUGGAGAAUGAAGAGGGGUUCUGGUUUUCGUGGAUGACAGCAGGAAUUGGAUACGGUACUGGAUUUUUCACGAUGGUGCUUGGAGUGUACGGCUUCGGUUACUUCCACCGCAUUCCAGAGCUGCGGCAGCGACGAAGGAUGAUGAGGCGCCGUGGCAUCAGGUUCUGA